CUUCUUCUUUUCCUUUCUAGGAAACAAGGCAUUAGGUUUUUGAUAGUUGCAGCCUUACUGCCUUCGGGACCUUUGCUGCCCGGAAUCACUCCACCUUUUGCUUUGGCCCUCUCACCGCCAAUGGGAACCGAGCGUAGUUCCAUCAGCAUCUCAGCUCUCCGGUUGGAGAAUCCCUUCUCUCUCAAGGUUGCCCAGGUCUUCACGGGGUUCGGCAUCGGCUGUGGCGUCGGCAUCGGCGUCGGCCGACCCAUAUAUCUAGGUGCAAUACCGGCAGUUCAGCAAGUCUUGAUGUCUGCUAGAGGCGCAACCGAUGCUUUUUCUGGAGUUGGGAGACACGUUAAUAGUUCUCUAAUGAAGUUGGGCUUCAAGAACAUUGAAGUUGGCAUCGGAUGUGGAGUUGGUGUGGGACAUGGCUUUGGUGUAGGACUUGCCUUGAAGCCUGGAGUGGUUAAUCGGAUCCAAAAUAGUUUUGGGGAAAUGCUGGAGAAGGCUAUGAUAACUGUAGGCAAUGUACCUGUCUUAGCUUCCAUCCAAGGUGCUAUUCCUAGCCUUGGUAAAGGGGCGGUGACUGUCCCAAGUGGAAGCCCUAUUGGAAAUGCACAAGUGUCAAGUGGAAGAGUGACGACAGAUUUAAAGUUUGGAAAUACUUAUAUAGGACCUACUGAAGAAGUCACGCAUAGUUCAUAUGCAUCCAAAGAGCCGCUACUAAAAAAAUCGAUUGCAAGUCACACUGAAAGGGUGAUCAACAGUUUCUUACACGAUCCCCUUUUCAAGGAUUCUGAGAUGGAAGUUAAUGAAACGGCAGAAAACCUGGACUUGGAAAAAAAUGUGCUCAAAGUGCUGCUGGCACACCAGAGAGUCAUCGGAGACUUGAUCGAGGAGAAUCAGAGACUGCAACAAAUACUCGUUGAGGAUCUAAAAAUUCCACCUUCCAAACUACAAAUGAAGCCCAACAGUAAAUCAAAGGCUUAUUACACAUGUUCUGACUGUUUCGAAUGCCGAAGAAGAAGAAGAAAGGCCAGAUAGGAUCAUUUUAGAUGUAGCAUCCAAAUUUAAUUGUUUCUUUAGCAAUUAUUCGUCUGGAUACAAUAUCAUCUUAUGUAGGUCACACAACUCACUGUUAGUAGAAAAGUUCCAACUCUUUCGCAUACAUAUUUUUCUUUCAGCAAGGCUCGAUAAGGAUCGGUAUUGGAGAUUUAUCUAUUUUGAAGUUGUAGAAGUUACACGUGUAUUUAUGAAAGAAUCAACUUAUUGAUAUAUUUGUUAA